CCAAUGGGCGGCGCGGGGGGCGGGACGGCGCCGCGGUUUGAAACCCGGGGAGGGCAGCGGGCGGCCCUGGGCCUGGCGGGACGCGGGGCCCGGCAGUGCUGGAACCGCGAGAGAAACGCCGCUCCGCCGACAGAGCUCGGCGUAGGAGCCUCGAAAACCUGGGGGAGAGAGUUUAACAGCAAACCAAGGAGAGAAAAACCGCCCCGAAGGUUUAUCCCGGAACAGUGAGUUAUCGCCGCCGCGUUCGUUUACCCGCGCGUUUGCGGCAGCGCUAUGGCCAAUAAAAAGACGGAAGAUGAGAUCCUCCUCUUUGAAAAAGAGAUAAAGGACUUUUGGAUUAAAUUUAAAAGCGUUUGCGGCCCUGAACAGAUCAAUCAGACUUUGGCGCUGAGAGAUUCAUGCAAGGAGUCCAUAAAGUCGCUGUCAGAGAAAUGGUCCAAGAAGCUGAAAGAAGGGGACCUGAUGAUUGAUAAAAUUCAGGAGUAUAACAAUGAGAUUCUCCAGCAGAGCCAACGCAUAUCGGAAAAUCAAGAGCAUUUCACAGAAAUAAAAUCUAACCUAAAUCAACAAGAAGAGCAAAAGAAGGACUUGACUGAGAGCAUCCAGGAGCUUAAAGAAGAGUUGAUGAAGAAAAAAGAAAUAAUAUCUUCUAAAAACAAAGCUGCUAAGGAGAGAUUGGAACGACUAUGCAAGUCUAAACAACUGUUUGAAGAGCGGCUUGGGCUGGAGAUACGCAGAAUUCCCAAUGAACAAUUACAGUUCAUAUUCAGACACAUCGACCACAAAGAUCCUGACAAGCCAUAUGUGUUUACCCUUUCUAUAAAUGAACAGGGAGACUAUGAAGUUACUUCCUGUACACCUCCUCUGGACUGCAUAGCAGAGUUCCAGCUCAAAGUGCGAGAAACUAACAACUUUUCUGCAUUCGUUGCCAACAUCAGAAAAGCUUUCACUGCUCUGUCUUAUAAAUCUGCAUAGAACUAACUUUCUAGCUGUACAGCACAUUUCCCUUCCUUCGUUAUUGUGAAAGUAUGUAUUUAUCCAUGUCUUAAUCUGAUUUCUAAAUAAAGAAAAAUAACAAAACCAGUAUUUGUCCACUGUCAUCUAGAGACGUACAACAACAGUGUAGUAGUAUAAACAGGACGAGUUCCUUGAUUGAAUAUCUUCAGGUAUGUAAAUUUUAUGUCAUUAAGCUGCUUGCUUUACUGGAUCAAUGAUCUCCAUUUAGCUGCCCCAAGAAGACAUUGAAAAGAAAGUACUUUCUGUAAUUUACGUCUCCCAAAAGCACAGAAGUGCCCUUCAGGUUUGUAUGUGGUUGGAAUAUACCUGAAACCUACCAAAAUAAUGCACUAGAGCUUAGCAAUUACUUUACUGAUCUGUGACACAGGUUACUGAUCUUAGUUUUUACCCUGUUUUGUGCUUUCCACUGUUUUAGCUCAUUUUCAUGUGUACAAAUUCUUUUUCUUUUGAUCUGUUAAACUAUAUUUUACUGCCUGUUUCAAAUUCUUGUCUGGAUGCCUGUUUCUGUUGGGAGUAACAAAAAUGUUUGAUAUGCAUUCUAUUGUUGAAUAAAGUUCUUAACAGAAGCAAGUGGGACCUUUGUACUGAUUUGAUGAGAAAUUGUAGACCUGAAAUAGAACCCUGCUGUAGCCCAGAAGUUCCUGGCUCCCAGAAGAUGUAGCCUGGCAGAAAUGCUGGCCUGAAACUUGAAUGGCAAUGGUGAAUGAGUAACACUAAUACUUUUAUUGGGCAUGUUUUAGAACUGACUAGUCAUUUUGCUUUAUUACAUAAAUUGUCUUUUACGGUAACAUGCUUUAUCUUUGUCAUUGCAAGUCUUAAGAUACGCCAAAGCCUGAGCUAUAAUGAAUUAAAGUACAAAAUAGGGUAGUUACAGAUAAGCUGUUAAGGUACAUAGAUUAUUUAUCAAGGUGACUUACUGCCACAGUACUCAGCUUUGAUUAGAACUUUUUUUUCUGCCUUAUUUGUAAGUCUUUUUCCUUUUGCCAAAUAUUUAAAUGGACAGCUGCAAGAAAGAAAACUAUGCAUUUGAUACUAUAACAGUUAAAGUAAAAUCACUAAAUUCAGUCCCGGAAAUUCUAGUGAAGUAAAAGAUCACUAGAAUAAAAAAGUAAUGCUGAUCCCUCCACUUUGGUUCAUAUCUCAAAUGCAAACAGCAUUUCCUUUUGGAAGGCAACUAAACUGGGAGAUGCACUCAUAAUGCAUUCCGGUUGCCACUACUCUGUAGUCCAUAAUACAGACCAGAGCUGGUUCAAACCAGCGUUUAGUGUGGAUGUUGGUCUUCCCGAUUACUAAUAAAACCAGAGCAGCACUUACUGUUCCUACCCCAACUUGUAAUCAUAUGCUUGGGCAAAAAAAAUCCAAAACAUUCCCCUCCUACUUUAUUCCCAUGCCUUCAUCAGCUUAAUAUGUAAACUUGGCCUUGUAGGCAUGUUUCAAUCUGCUGAUGCUGAUGAGAUACUCCUACUACAGUUGAGAAUAUUGCCCAGCCCGACGUGAACUGCAUUUUAAAUCACUUGGUUUGUCUAAACAGUACAACUUGCCGGAUACAGCACAGACUGCACUCAGUCUAUGAGAUGGCUAAAGUGCAUCUUGAUGAAAAACAGUAACCCAUGUUUGCACACCUUGGCUUCAAAAACAAGAUAAACUUUCAGUUUCUUCCUGUAGGGCAUAAUUUGCUAUUUUCUUAAUGAUGCGUUGUUUUCCUUGGUAUGUCCUAUUGAUUUUUUUUUCUUGUGCUACAGGCGCCAGAUAGACACAAAACAAGCAGCAAGAAUGGUAAGGGUGCCAACUGAUUACAUUACCAUUUUAGAACAGAAAGGCAGCAGAGAUUACUAGGCAUUACUACAAAGACAUCUCAAAUGAAAUAAAUCCUUUUUUUUCUGCCCUGUCUAUAAACCCUACGUACUCUCUGAGACUUUUCUAGCCAAUAAUGGGACAAACAGAGACACACACUGGGAGGCUGCCUUCAAAUACUGGGUCUCAUUGUUCAUUAGCAGAUUAUGCCUCCUUUCCAACUAUACUAGCAGGAGUAUUUAAAUUGCAGCUUUUUCUUUCAACUCAUUGGUUCUACCAUUGAAAGAAAGCUGUAGGCACUUCUAAGUAGGUCAACAGACAAGCCAGCAGUUAAAAAAAAGUGCAUCCAGCCAGCUCUGCGCUUCCUGUUUUCUCUCCCAAGUUCUACAACUGCUGUAUUACCUUGCUGGGUUGGUAUCUCUUAUUCUCUUCCUUUCUUGUACAGAAGCCCUCACCCUUCAUGUUAACAGCACUGCCCCUGUAUCCAGAAUGACUGUAUUUAUUUUGAAGCACACUCCUGCCCUCCUCCACCUGCCCGUGCCAAGAAACUAUUAGUAGCUCUGGAAAGUAAGAACUUCAGGCUCAUCAACCAAUUAUUUUACAGCUGUUUUAUGGAAGCAAAAAGACAGUGCACAGCCACAUCAUUUCCAUGUUUUCAAGUGGAGCAGUUUAUUCAUUAAGAGUCUACAUACUGCUCACAUGGAUUCUGUAGCAUAUCUGAUCAUCGUCUUCAUAGGAGAAAAAAAUAGAAACAUGCUCUAACAAAGACAAAUGCUCAGACUUACUGCCAUUCUCUUUUCAUGUUCAUCCCAGGCACGAGUAGUUGGUUUAUUGCUUCUAACAAAAUUAUUUUGCCAAGAUUGCUAUGCAGAGAACAUAAAAUAUACGACACCCACUGCACUGGAAUUUACAUUCCUAGGAAUCAAUUGCUAGAAAAGAUGAUGUGCUUGGUUGUAAAUGUUUGGUGCAUAUGCCUAAAGCAAGAAAUAAAGUUUGAAAUGUUUAUCAUGUGUAAUUUAAACCUUUACAGAUCCUUUUGCAGUUUGAAUAAUGAACUUGCUUAUAUUUGGGAAGGCAAAUCAGAUGCAGAUCUUCUACAGUAGUCAGGCAUUCCAAAAGCAGGUAAAAGCUAGGAAAGUGUAAACAAUAGAUUUGUGGGUUUACUUACUAUAAAAUAUGAAGUAAAACUGGCUUUUGAUAUCCCUAAGACAGUCUUCAUGCUAGCUGAAGAUCUGUCUUAAAUUCUGAAAACCCUUUUUGUUCUGAAGCUGCACAAUACAGUGAUAUCCAAUAAUAGUAAAGACAAUGACGAUAAUACUACAUACUGACCCAACCGAUAAAAUAACUGAGAUCUCAGUGUACUGGAUAGCACCCAAAUCCAGACUGAAAUGCCCCAAAGAGCAUAUGGGAAAGCUCUUGAGCUCAAAAGGAAUGUGCAGCUUAGGGACUAUGACACACAUCAACCAGCACCCUCCAGUCAGUGGUAGCGCUCCAUUUAUUAGCAGGAUCAGGUUUAUCUUAAGGCAGACAGAUUUUAGUGAUGGUCAGUAAAUGCUUUUCCUUUUUCCUAAAUGGGUUUGCCCAACCCUGAAAAUUGCUUUCCGUGUCACACUGCUGACCCAUACAUAGCUCCCAACAGUCAAGCCUGAAAUGUGUGGUCCAACUAACGCUGACCAUACAGAAGACAGCUGAUGUACCAGCAACUGGCACCUCAUCAAAUUUAUCUCAUAAUAUAAAAAUCUGGAAUAAAAGGUAUUUAAUUUAAUAGAUAUUGGAAAUAUAUUGUGAAUUUAAGGACUGUUGGGAAGACAAUAUUAAACAAUAACAACAUAUGUACUAACUGCAAUUAAUCACAAUUUUUUUUGUAUGCUAACUGGAGGUCAGAUUUGAAAAGAAAUCAAACCACUCUAAGAGUCCUUCUGGCUAACAGAACAGUUUUAUUACACACCUACUCAAGCAAGAGUGGAGGUGGUUAAACUGAGUUGUUGAUAUUUUUCAUAAAACCUCUUAAAUGUUGUUGGACAUAUUUUAAAAAGCAAACAAGUAAAGACAACACUUGUGAAAAUUAAGAAAGACAUGGAAGUUAUGCUGUGCUUCUGUCAUAUUUCAGUUGUUCUAUAUAACUUACUGUCUUCUUGAAUGAUUCAGUAAACUCUGUGAAUUUACUCAGUACCUUAAUAUUGCCUACAUUAAUCUGGUCAUUUGAAUACACUAAAAUCACCGUGAACUCAUUUGUGACUGAUUUACAACUUUUUUUAAAAGCCCCGCAGAACCUGAUAGAACAAACAUACACAAACAUGACUUAGUCCCACAGGCAGAUUACAGUACAUUUUUCAACUGUAUGAAUAAACCAUACCGAAUAAUUACGGUAAUACUCUUACCUUUUUGAAAGCAAUCGUUUCAAUCCAAUUACAUCAGUUAUUGCAGAAUAGGAUUGUAUGUCUGAAAGGUUGGUGGGGGAGGGGGAGACAGCUGAUUGCCAGACAGUUAGACUCCUUUUUUUUCUUUCCUAUUAUCCCUAAUCACUCUAACAAUUAUAUACAAAGAACCCUUUAGAAUCCUGAGCUUAUAAACAAGUUGUUCCAGCAGACCCAGAGGGAAUGAGGCCCUCUGGCCUCAGAUGUGUGGGUUUGUCCUGAAAGGGUGGUAUUCUCUUCACUGCAAUAUCCCAGCUCUUUCUUAGUCUCCCUCCUGGAUGAGCCAGCACUACUCCCAAGUUCUGCUAGUUUAGCCUCUGCACUCUUCUCACCCUUCCUCCCAUGCAGAGCAUUAACUUGUGGUUCUCUCCUUUCCUGGGUGCUGAUUUUUAUUUGACUGUAAGAACAUCAAUAGCUGCAACACAAUCUCCGUUUCAGACCGAGGGUAAGUGAGCAACAGGUUCAAAAGUUGUUAGGGAGACUGACAGACUAUGCUAAAAAUAGUAUUUAAUCAUGCAAAUGUGUAGUGUUUUUUUUUUAUAUGACCUUAUAAAUAUUUUAAAGUGGCUAUGCACCAAAAUCGUGAGCCGAAAGAAGAUACAAUUAGUGUUAAUUUGAUUUGCUUCCUCUUCAGUCACAGCAUGUUGAACAAUGCUAAUUGCUAUUGACUCACCUGCUCUGUACCUGAUGGAUAACUCUCUACAAGGACACAUGCUCUUUGACUGACUUGCCUCAAUGGAUUUUUUCAUACUGGCUACUAGAUCAUGGGCUUAGUUCUUCCCUAUCCAUCCUCUUCUGCACCAGAGCUUCAGCUAGAAUAACCGGCUUGGGGAAGAAACAGGUCUGUUGAACAAAUACCAAUGAUACAUCAUCAUUGUUUUGAUUUAGAAGCAUGCUACCGUUCUUUAUCACUGAUGGCAACUAUCAUAAAGGAUUCCAGGCAUUUAAGGUCAAACUGCAUACGCUAACUUUUUGCCUAAGCGAGGAGUAGGUAGAAGCGAGGAGUAGGUAGAAGCGACAGCGGGGUGACCUCGUGGGUGGUGUAGUAGCUGCCUAAGUUAAAGCACAAUACGUUCAUGUAAAUGCUUACCUCAUAGGUUAAAAAUAAAACCAUGCACAUUUAAUCCUUAAUUUUCCAAAUGAAGAUAAUGAGAUAAACUUGCUUAUCUAGCUCCAUGUCUGAGGUGCCACAGCUUCACUAAUGGAAAGACAAGGUAGCAAAUCGAUAACUGUAUUCUUUUAACAGUAGUCAUCAGUAUCUGCAUGACUUACUAGCCUGUGUUUUCCUAUACCUUGUGCAAAGGCAGACAAGCCAUCUGAUAAAAUCACGUUUCUAAAGGAAAGAGGGAACACUCUUCUGACAUGCAAUCCUCGGUGCUGUCAACUGCAACUCUACAGCAAUUACCGCUGUUUUAGGGUCCAGCUUUCUCUAGAUAUAGGCCGUCAUUCUGACAGUCUGCUUAGGACUGUACUGCAGCAGGCACCGCUUUUACUAAGUGCUCUGCUAAUGGCACCACAAUGAAUCAAAAUACCGAAUUUACAGUUCAGGUUCAUGCAACUUACAUGAGAAACCUGGUUCGCUUUCCUCAGCUGCUCCUGCUGAAGUUUCCCUCACCUGUCAUUUCUCAACUGUGUUGUUUGGUGCAGAACAAGCAGUAAAAAUUUGCAUCCAAUUUUGCUUUUGAUGGUGCAUUACUCCUAUCCAGAUGGCAGCUGAUGACACUGUUAGCAAUCCAUUUUUCCUCUCCCAAAUGAUACAGUUAGCAUUUUAGAGUAGCUACCUGUCAAAUCUUAGAGAUGAUUUCUUACAUAAGAAUUUUUCCAUCUGGAACAGCUUGGUUUGUUCUUGGACUAGUUGCAAGAGUAGCAAAGACCAUCAUAGAUUAACUAUGAGCAAUCUCGAUGGUUGACAUGUGCCUUAUUUGCCAAUUUUAUUUUUUUUUUUUAAAGACGUUUCAAUUAGUAGGGAAUUGCUAUGAAAGAACAGAUAUUUAAAGAACUUUACAUUAAGAAAAAGCUGCUUCUAGACUGGACAGCAGUCCCAGCUGCUUUUUACACUCAUGUGGUCCAGUGGGUACCACAGCCCAGGUCAUAUCUUCCUCAGCAUUGCUGAAGGACCAAAGGUUGGAUACACAUUUUAAGCAAUCUAGACAGCAAAUGUGCAAAUCCUUUUCUGGAGCUGGCAUAUAGAUCAGGUUGCCUCAUAAAAUAAGAGCUACGGGCACUGAUCUGACUUGGAGAUUGUUCAAUAAGAAAGUGCAUAUAAAAAUGAGAUACAGUAACAUCUAAAUGCUUUGGCUGAAUUAAGCUUAAAUUAAAAUUAGAUUGACUACAAAAAUAUAACUGUAAAAUAGCAAGCCUUUCUGAUAGGAAGCAGCUUUUUCAAAGACGCGUUAGGACAGCAAUAGUAAUUAAAAGUACUGUUGCUGGUAGUUAAAAGGGGAGGUUAUUUUUUUUAAAAAGUCCAGAAUCGGGACAUAAAGUUGCUAGGUAGGUUAAUGCAAGAGGGAGCUGAUACAAUUCUAAUUAAGGAAGGAUCACAUUCUACCUCUGAAUUUCAGGAUUAUUUUUUCAUGUGGGGAGGUUGCAAAAAGAAGCCUAAAUAUGACAAGAAACGCUACUGUUAUGCAAUUGUACAGCAACCUUGCUCUGUCUUAUUUUGGAAUGAGUAAAAAAUAAGCUGCAUAGUACCUUCUAGGGAGAGGAGCAUACACUUGUAAGUAUUUGAAAAAUAUCAGAGGUACAAUGGCUUUUUUCAGAUGUUUAGGAAAGGGUAUUAAUUUGGGAAUGGGAAUACAUGUUGCCAGCCACUAGCUUUAAAAAGUACAUCAUCAUAAUUAGUGAACUAUAGCACUAGCUUUACAAGUUGGGUCAUGCUGCUCUUACACCCAAGUUCAUUGGUCUCUUACAUUUUAGAACUCCCCAGCACUGGAACUCUGGAAAAAAGCUGUAUGAUGACCAUCCUGGACUCCUCCACUACCUGAGCACAAACUGACACCCUGCUCUGUGAAACCCACUUAGGAAGAUAAGCCACGGACAAGGGUAGGCAGCGUAAAAUCUGUCAAGGGGCAGGACUAGCAUCUUGCAGAACAGGGCACAAAGAGGACACCCCCCAGCAUGAAUUAGGGAGAACCAACCCUCCACCUACAGUAGCAGAGCUGGGAUUAAUGGCAUGGAGCAGGAAUCUCUCCACACCAUCUCCCAGCCUCUGUGCAUCACAGCAUGAUGAGACACUGACUCAUGUGGAAAUUUACCCAUUCAGCACACAUACAUUUAAGUUCCUUCCACUCACCUUCUGUACCACAGGAGACUGUGUUGCCACCGUUUACCUCUUCUAAAGCAGCUCUGACCUCCUGUCUUCUUCUAAGAACCACUGUGUUUCUUGUCCAGAAGGACCUUUACAGACUUAAAAGCAUAAAAGCAGUACAUAAAAAAAAUUCUUGCUCUUUUUCAAUUUAUCCUGAGACAUUUUCUGUAAACAGUGGCUCUCCCUUGUGCAAUGCAAGUUGAGGGGUAUAUGUGGAACAAGAAGCAAGACAUUAGACAUAAAACAAGACAUAUUUCCACAUAAUUAAACCUCUUCAUAAAUCUCUUCAACAAACAAGAAUUCCAAUGAUACAUUAAGUGCACUACAAUAUUCUAUAAAUUAUCAUGUAGUCAUAUUAACAACUACAGCAAUUAUGUCUUUAAACAUAAUGCAGAUCUCCAGGUUUACUUCUCCUCCAGAGGUAAAACUUCAACAGAUGUGUGGAGGUUCCCAUGUAAUUGCUAUUUGCGCUAUUAGAACUGUUACCUCAAUUUUCUGCUGAAGUUGUAAGAAUGUUUUCAUGCAUCCCAUUUCUAAGUACUCCCUCUCUGUCUUUUAGUGCUGCACCAGAGCCUGCCCGACAAUGGUAUUUCGUAGGCUUUACUUUGGUGAGUAUAUGAAAGCAAUUCCAGCUCAGUGCAUUGCUACAUCAACUCCUUGUUUUAUUUUUUUAUAACAACAAACCCCUUUACCUCUCUUCCUUUUAACAGUAGUGAAAAACCAUAGAAUCCUACCAUAAAUAAGCAAGCAGAUUUGGUCUGCUCUAAUGAUCUGAAAAACGCAGCUUUCUUGGCAAAAUCGAGAGCUGUAGCUUUUCCUCAGGAGAACCACGGUACAGGAGUCACUAUUUUCUCUCAGUUCCAGGAGGGUCAGCAGGUGGGGCUUUGCCAACUGACAGUUUAGCCCGAAACGUCUGAAUGAACAGCUACUUUAAAGAAGCUCUGAUCACUUAGACUGAAAAAGUACAGUUUUUCCAAAGUGGGGCAAGCUGGACACUCAGAAAUUAUUAACAUGCAAAUCUGUACUUCUGAAAUCCUAGCAACAUGUCUUUCUUUAAUUAAAAUAUUUUAAUUUCUCUAGAGAGAACUCGUCCUUCUAACACUUACUGUUUCAAACAGUUGUUUAUACAAGAAAUAACAUAAAAUACUGCAGUGACAAACUCAGCAAAGACACACCUGAACACACUCUAAAAAUGCUGGAGUUUGCAAUGUGGAUAACAAUCUUUAAGCUAAAACAAAGGAAAACAUUGUUUGCAUUUCAUAGAAAAGAGAAGAAAACCGACACUACAUUCCUAAUACUUAAGUUUAUUAUGAAAGUGUCUUCAAAUCAAAAAAGCCCACAAUACUGAUUGGUUCCAGAGAUUUUAUGAGAAAUAAUUAUUUUCCAUAUUAAAAAAAAUCCAAACCAACUGAGUAAAACACAAAGUAACUCCCAAAUUUCUACACAACAGCUAUACAUGAAAGGACUCUUAGCUAGCACAUCACUGUGUCUGCGACAGUGGAGCUCCUACACACCACUGCAUUUCUGAGAGAGUUGCUCAAGCACAGGAUUGUCAGGAAAACACAGGUGAAAUAGUGUCCUCUGCCCCACCCUGAUCUGCAACUGGCAGUCAGUGUGCACAGUACGGUAUGAGGGCUCAUGUAUAAAAGUUAAACCCUGCAAGAAGCUGAAGCUCAACAGAAGCUGUAAAAUGUGUUUGGUUGCAUUUUUGGUCACAUCAGACAACAAUUUUGGUCUUUUGUCUCUUACGUGUGAUCACUGAUACAGCUCUAAAACAUCAUUUCAUAGUAUUUCCUCCAGUUUUUUAAUUGAAAGCAAUUUCAAAGACUGAGAAUUCUGACAGACAAACCCAAACACUGUGUUUUCAUUGCAACUACAAUCAGAAAUCUUUACAGUUUAAAGGCUAUAUAUGUAUGCCACUUUUCCAAACUUCCACCAGUGCCUUUUAAAGGGAAAAAAAAAAAAAGAAUAAGGUUGUCUUAAUGAAGUUACCAAUAGAUCCCUGUUCCAAAUCAAAACCAGUCAAAACAAGUAAUACAAACUGGUUUUGCUUUUUGGUUUAAAGGCAACUGUAGUUUGCAGAACACUGAAGUUAGGUCUAGUAAGGUCUACAUCACAGGAAGGGUAAAAAGUACUCGAUAGGUCCUCUCACACAAAUGUCACAAGAAGUAGACAGUAGGAGACAUACAAAAAUGAGCUGUAGCAAAGAGAAUAAAAAAAUACCAAAGCAUCAACUGUAGAAAACCAAUGGUAGCCCAUAUUUCUCUGACAAUACGAAAGGGUGCAGUAAUGAGAAGAUGCAUGAAACAGGUAUUAAACUUCGUAUUAGAGCACUCUGUGUAAAACCCAGGUGGUGUCUAAAUAAACCUGUGUUGAUCAGCAUUGACAUUUGCUGCAGGUAACGGCUUUUGACACAUGUCCCGUUCAGAAACAGAAACUGAUUUUCACUUGAAACAGAUAUAGAUUAGAGACAAGAAUCGCUUUACUGUAAACAAAACUUUAGUGCACGUACUUGGGUCUCAGAAAAAGGAUUUGGCAUUUGCAAUCACACAGAAUGUUCACAGACUGAGAAGCUCGUGAAGCUGUGACACCUGUUCCAAUGCUGCUCGAAUUAUUAAAUAAAUAACACAUAGAAAAACCUACAAAAUGGCAACAAGGAAACAGCAUGGGACACUUUGGUAUUUUAGAACUAGCACUACUGAACAUUGAUCAAGAUCCAAAAGACUCCAACAUCCACCCUUGUUGUUUGAUCAGAUAUUUCUAUCAUUUUCUGCAAUGUUUGAUUUUAGUGUUCUAUUAAAAAAAACAACAAACCAACCACUAUAUAGUUUUUUUUUGGUACAAAAUAUGCCAAUACAAGAAACAGUAAAGGGAGACAAGAAUCUUAUUUUUCUAUAUUCUGGGCUGGCUAGGGAGAGAAGACAAAUUCUUACUAUUUACUGAUACACCCUAUAUAUAAUUUCCUCAUUUUUCUACUUCAACAUCUCAACCACUGUGUCGUGUACUGUACUAUAAAAAAGGGAGCAUAGAAGUUGAAGACAAAUAGGUUAUAGAUUACAAACCCUCAUUUCUAAAAUGACUAAAAUGACAAUUCUACAAAAGGUAUGAAUAUACAGAACUUUUUAAGAUCCCGCAUUUACCAUGAGCCAUGCGAAUCAACCAAUUUUCUGGAAUAUGUAUGAUUAUCCUCUAAAUACUUAAUAGCUUCCAAAAGCAUGUUGCAAAGCUUUUCAGCAGAGAAGCAAAGAAAUUCAAAUUAAAAAGGAAAUAGCUGCAGAACAUUCUCUCUGCAGAGAGGAAGAUGAAGCCAAAGUGUUGACAUUCAUUGGUUAAAGAAACAAAUCAAAACACACUGUCACGUGUGUUCACAAAAACACUUGGUCCAUCCCACUAGAGACAGAAACAAUAGUGUGAAUUUUUUAUUUCCAUAAAAAACGUGUAGCUUGAAAGUUUAGUGAUUGUUCAGCAAAGUUUAGUGAAGUUCUCAAUGCUUCCUUACUCUUACCGCAUUCUGCAAUGUUCAUUGGAAUCUCUCAUCUCACCUGUUUUCCAGGCAUAUCUGUAUAAAGUUUAUUCUAGGCUGCUAAGAACGGACUCCAAAAAGCCAGGAGUUAAGUAAGACACUGGGAGUCAGCUGUACCAUGGUUACUGUGUACAUGCUUUGGUGCAUCACCGAUGCAAGUGAACUUCAAAGGAAGAGUUUCAAUCCAAGUUGCAUUAUUUAACAUUGGAGGUACACUAAGAGCGUAUGUAGCCAGCGAUGGUAAAUCAUCUCAAGGGCUGCAGCAUUGACUGUACAAUUAAAUCAACAGUGUACAGCGCAGCUGGGAAGGAUCAACAGGGACAAAAGAUCUCCUGCUUCUUGCACAGCAACUGUUUUUGGGAACUGCUCUCUCUCCUGUUAUCAGCACUACAGUACUUUUGUAUGUUUUCUAUGUUGUUUAUGCUGAUAGUUCAGAGUAACAUUUCGUCCCAUGCAAGACAAAAUAUUUUGCCAGUAUGCCAGUUUUGUAACCAUCUUUGCAGAAGGUAAAUAUUCCAGUGGAGGUAGUAAUUAACACUUGAAAAAGGUGUGUAUAGACUGCUAUUCUCUAUUGCCAUCUUAGCAGCCCAGAUUUCAGAAAUCAGACCAUUCAUUCAAUAUAACCCAGGAUGAUUUUGUUUUAAAAUCUUGUUAUCAUCUUGACAGUAACUAUUAAAUAACUGCCACUUCAAAUAAUAUGGAUGGGAUACUUUCUAUUGCAAUCAGUGUAUUUUCACAUGCAUAACCUGGCUGGUAGAUACUUGUAUG